AUUACAUAAAAAAUUUAUCCGAAUUCUUUUGAAAAAAGAACUUACUAUUAUUUAUUACAUACAAAAAUUUAUCCUAUCACUCAGAGCGAGUAAUUCCCUUCGACCACACUCGUCAGCCCUUCAGCAUCUUUGGCCCUCCACCACUUGAUGAUCGGCGGCCAUUAGCGGAGCCCUGCUGGAGACGUCAUGGGUAACAGUCCGGACGAGUCUCGCCGUUCCGAAAGCGACCGAGGCGAGGCAUCAAUGGUGGCCUGAGAUGACGCCAAAAGAGCCGAGCCAUUGACGGUGGACCAUUUCCUUAUUUUUGUCCCAACAGACGAGGGGCAAAAGCAAUUCCGAACUUCCAGCGAGAGAGAGGGAUGGGCAGCGGCAUGGAGAUGAUAGUGAUCCCGUUUCACGGCCAAGGGCACGUCUUCCCCUGCGCGCAGCUCUCCCUUCAGCUCGCCACCCGCGGCAUCCUCGUCACCGUCGCGUCCCCAUCCGAGCUCUCUUCCUCCAUCUCGGCCGCGUGUGACCACCCUCUUGUCCGCAUAGUGCUUCUCAGUCUCCCCCCCAACCCACCGGAUGCCCCGCGCCAUCAAACCCUGUUCCGCUCGCGCCUCAUGGCCGAGCCCUUUGCAGAACUCCUCUCCCAGAGGGCCGGCCCCGACCCAUCUGGCCCACCUCGGCCCGCCUGCGUUAUCUUCGACGCCCACUGCGGCUGGGCCGUCGAGGUCUGCGAGCGGUACUCAAUACCCACAGCCGCUUUCUUCACCAACGGCACUUGCGCUUGCACACUGGAGUACAUCGGCUACCACUCGCCGCUGGAGACGAUGAACCCCGACGAUCCCGUCCACUUCGACGGCCUGCCGGAAUCCCUCCAGAUAACGUACGCCGAUCUGUCUAACCAGCGGCCUUCGAUCGUCGGAACCGGUGGUCCCAGAUCUCGGGGCCUUCCUCCAUGGAUGCCGGAGGUAGAUGGAGCGACGGUGUUCCUCUUCAACAGCUGCGACGAGCUGGAGGGUCCCUUCAUCGACUGCAUGGCCAGGGAGGCCCGGAAGAAGGCCUUCGGGAUUGGCCCGCUCCUGCCGCCCCAAAUCUGGGAAACAGCUGGCGCUCCUCUCCGCGACGGCGCGGUCAGAGCCAGGAAGAGCUCCAGCAUCAGCGAGGAGGAAGUGGAGACAUGGCUCGACCGCAAGGCCCCCCACUCCGUCAUCUUCGUGUCCUUCGGCAGCGAGGUGAGCCCCAGUGCGUCGGAGCUCGCCGCGCUAGCCGCAGGGCUGGAGGAGUCACGACACCCGUUCAUCUGGGUGAUCCAAGAGCGGGUACAAAUGGCUUCGGCCGGGGCCACCGCCGGCCGGCCGGAGCCCACAAAGGAUCCCUGGCUUGGCGUGGUGCCGGAGGGCUUCGAGAAGCGGGUGGGGGAAAGAGGGCUCGUUAUACGCGGCUGGGCUCCGCAGCUGCUGAUACUGAGCCACCGGUCCACCGGCGGGUUCGUGUCCCACUGCGGAUGGAACUCGACUCUCGAGUCACUCGCCUGCGGGGUGCCCAUCCUCGCGUGGCCAGUCCGCGGCGACCAGAACCAGAACGCCAUCCUGGUGGUGAACCACCUGAGGGUAGCCGUCAAGGUCCGCCCAGGGCGCGGCAGGGAGAUGAGCAAUGAGGACGUGGUGAAGGGAGUGGAUCAACUGAUAAGCGACGCCGAGGUCAGAAAUCGGGCGGCCCAAAUCAAGGCCAUCUUCUCCUCCGGGCUGCCUGCUAGCUCAUCUUCCGCACUUGAUGCCUUCAUCCAUCUCUUCGUUGCAGAAAAGCCAUAAAGAACUUCUCCGCUCUGCAACUUCAGUUUUCAGCCCCAAUUCCUACCAAAUAAACUUGAUCCCUUUAACAGCUCGAGAAUGGUGGUGAGUUUGUAGAUUCUUCUGUAGUUGUUCUUCUUAAUUCCAACUCAGUCCGGGUAAAAAUUAGUGUGUUCAGAUCAGGCACUGCACUCCACUGCACUUUUGGAUUGCGUGGUUGUAGCGAUCUGCCAUUUGAAUGGUGCUUGUGAUGAUAAAACCCUUCUGUUCUUGUAAAGUGUAAUGCAUUGGCAAAUCAAGUGUCUGACUGAAGUCUGCGCAUCAUCUGGAUCAACCCUCCGCCUGAAAUCUAUGCAUUGGGACGCCGUUAAAAGAAGAUCUAUCCACAAAGAAGCAGAGCCUUCGUUCAAGCCUGUAUCUAUUUCUGUUCAAUUUUCAUGUAAAUGAUCCAAACGUCAGCAUGUUUUCUAAGAACAAGGAUAAGUUUAUUCAGUAACA